CUGGAAAAUUCGGUCAAGCUUAGCCUGCCUGAGAAGCGAGGAGUCCACCCAGGAACAACCGCAGCUCGCCGCCGCCGGACCUUCUAGCUGGAUCCUCUCCGUGGCCGUACCCCGCGCAGCGCCGAGGAAGUGGGAGCGUAAUGAAGGCUGGGAGGAAGAACCUGCGGCGCGCGUGCCAGGAGGGCGCCGCCGUCACGCUCGCGGAUGGCGAGAGCAUCAUGCAGGUCGUCACGCUGCGGGGCUCCAACCUCAUCGAGGUCUUGGACAGCAAGGGCGUGAAGUCGCUGGCGUUGUUCCCGGCAAAGUUCCAGAAGAGCUUCUGGAUCAAAAACGGGAAUUUCGUGGUUGUGGAUGCUAGUGGGAGGGACGAGGCUCUCGAAUCAGGAAGCAAGAUAGCCUGUGUCGUGUCGCGAGUCCUCUUUCAUGACCAAGUUAGGGCUCUCGAGAAAUCCGGCGAAUGGCCAGCUAUAUUCAAGUCAACUAGCAAUGCUUGGGCAACAGGGACAACAUCGAAGGUUGAGGAAGAGUUGAAUAGUGAGGAAGAUGACGAUGAUCUGCCACCGCUCGAGGCGAACACAAACAGAAAUAGACCUGUUGAAGUGGAUUCUGAUUCAGAAAGUGGUUCUGAUUCUUAAACUGGCGGACAUAGGAAUAGCCAUUCAUGUUGUGAUUUUUGACCCAAAAUCAACAUGGGAAACCUCCUCUAAAGUUUUCCAAGGAACUCCUGGUUACCUUGGACUUGCACGCUUGCUGUAUUUACUUACGCUCUCAAGUCCGGGCAUGAAACCACCAGGCAUUGCCCAAACUGUGAAGAUAUUCAGUGUACUUCGGUGACAUUCACUAGCAGUAGUAGGACAUGAAUCACAUCACUUGUACCGUCGACCAUGUUCCAUAUGUCGCGUGUGACUAGAAUUAACCGGCGCCCGACACGAUUAUUAUUUUCAAUUCAUCAGGUUUCUUGUC